AUGGAGAACCCAACGAAGCAGCGGAUUCGAGAUGAGUAUGAGUAUAAGGAUAUUAAAUCCUAUCCCUUCAAAGAUUUCUUGUUCCACGAGCUCUAUUUGAACCCAUAUGAAUGGCACGGUGCGCUCAAAGGCCCUGCUAGAACCGACCUCGAGGGUGGGAUUUAUCAUGUGCGGCUCCUGUUUCCGCAGGAAUAUCCAUGGGAGGAACCUUCAUUCAUCUUUUUGAGGGAAAAUGGUUCCUUAAAUAUCAAAACCAAGGUAACAUUAAACUGGGACCCAUCAAGGAGGAUGAGACAGACUUUUCUUGAUCUUAUUGAUUUAAUGCAUGAAUGCCCAAAUUUUGAAUCAGAUUCAGAGACCGAGUUUGAUGAGCCCGGGUUAGAAGCACCCAGGUUCGAAGGGUUGAACAGGUUGAGUUCAAGCCUUAAGGAUGACGCCCUAACCCAUGAGCAGAGUCGUCAUUGCAAAGCUUCAGAUCAAGUCGGAGCCGAGAACUUGGUGAUGGCGACGAUGAUGAGUUGA